AAGAAACAAAAUCUGCAUAGGCACCACGCUGACAAUCAUAAUGCCUUACAAGUUGAUUUUCUUAAUAAAAUGUUAAUUUGGGGUUAAUAGAAUCCCUUUUGAAUUUUCUUUAGUUGUUGUUCAUUUCUACAGUGUUCAGCACGGAGUGUUCGGUCACUUCGGUGCAGUGUUCAGUUUUCGGAAUAGAGUUCAGUGUUCCACGUAGAGAAUUCAGUGCAGACUGUUCAGCGCAGAGUGUUCGGUGCAGACUGUUCAGUGUUCAGCGCAGAGAAUUCAGCAGAGAGUGUUCAGUGUUCAGCGCAGUGUUCAGCGCAGAGUGUUCAGUGUUCAGUGUUCAGUGUAGAGCAGCAGGCGCCAACGAUGAUCAAGUGUCGUCUCAACCCCUGGCAUGGCGUGGACGUGGUCAUGUACAUCGCAUGUCUGAGCGCGGCGCUGGUGCUGGGCAUGUCCCUUAUCGCCCCCCGCCCAGAGCAGGUUAGCUGCUCCGAUCCUGCGCUGCUCCAGCCCUACCGCGCCGACACCAUCUCCCUGGCCCUCGUCCUGCUUACCUGCGUCAUCCUUCCCGCGCCUGUGAUCUUCCUCACGGAAUGCCUGACGUUCACCCCACACGCACAAGUUCUCAGAGUCGAUGCAACAGAACUUGAGAUGAGAACUGGGCGCUCGAGGUACCGGGAAUCGUUCUACAGCUCAUUGUCCCUGUACCGGGACCUGGUAGUGGGCAUGGUGAUGUCAUACCUGCUGCUGGAGCUGCUCAAAGUUGGUACCGCGCUACCAAGACCAAACUUCUGGGACAUCUGUGGUGCCGACACACGUAUGGAACUGUGUGGUGGUCACAAGAAGCUAGUGGCCGUGGACCUGGCGGUUAACUGCAGCAACCCUCGCGCCCUCAAGUGGAGGCAUCUGGCUGACGCUGCUAAGAGCUUCCCCUCGGGACACAGCUGCUUCUCGUGCUUCAUAGCCCUCUUCUUAACCUCAUAUUACUUCGUUCGCCUCGGGCCUGUCAACGACAACCAACGUCUGCCCGCCACCUGCAAAGUAGAGGACCGACGUCUGCCCGCCACCACCGCCGUAGACGACCGACGUCUGCCCGCCACCGCCCUACCCACAGACGUGCCCAGGUGGUACGGUGUGGCGCGGCGGUGGCUCCCGCUGCCGUGGAUUGUGUGGGCUGUGGUGGUGUCGUGCAGUCGACUGUGGGACCACAAACAUCAUUGGCAGGACGUCGUGGGGGGCGCCGUGUUGGGACUCGCCAUGGCAGCUUACACGAUCUUGGUGAUAAGUCAGAACUUCCGAGUAACGCGGAGAGUCGACAACCACAGGGACGCUGGACAUGAACUGAAUGCCUACCGCGUGGUCUCCCUGGGGUGAAUUGAACCGUGUGCUUCGGACGCCAAGUCUUGUGUUCCAUAAUCUACUUAAUUAUUAAGUCUUCAUUAUUGUACUUAGCGAACUGUUCACUGUUAAACCUAGAAGGUUUUCUGGUCCCCUAUAAGCCAUGUUCACCUAGUCCUGAGUCGAACAAAAACUCAUUAAUAUUCACGUAGUCGCCUUAUUACACUUAGAGAUGGAUUCCUCGUUCAAGAUUGGUCGGUUUAAGUUAAAAAUCCCGCCAGUAAGUGCCUACAAAAGUUUCGAUCUCGUAACUAUUUUCGAUAAUACGACCCAUGAUCAAAUUUGGGCCCGCCGUUGUUGCCUCGCAAAUUAGCAACAAAGUCGUUACUAUAGCUUGUAAAUAGUUACCUGAUGCAAUAUUAGCGAUUUUCUGAUCAGGAGGAUAUAAUAUAAUAUAGUGUGCCAUGGUCUAAAAUUAUUGGCAUUUAUCAUGAAUACUGAAGUCUGCAUUAGUCAUGUUAAUGGUACGAGUUCUUGUUUGGAGCAUAUCGAGCGAUAAUCGUAAGUGAUGUAGCAAUAUCUCCAUAUUGAGUGGUGAUCGUAGGUCAAAUCACCAUAUCACGUGGUGAUCGUAGGUCAUAUCACCAUAUCGAGUGGUGAUCGUAGGUCAUAUCACCAUAUCGAGUGAUGAUCGUAGGUCAUAUCACUAUAUCGAGUGGUGAUCGUAGGUCAUAUCACCAUAUCGAGUGGUGAUCGUAGGUCAUAUCACCAUAUCGAGUGAUGAUUAUAGGUCAUAUCACCAUAUCGAGUGAUGAUUAUAGGUCAUAUCACCAUAUCGAGUGGUGAUCGUAGGUCAUAUCACUAUAUCGAGUGGUGAUCGUAGGUCAUAUCACCAUAUCUAGUGGUGAUCGUAGGUCAUAUCACCAUAUCGAGUGGUGAUAGAAAGUCGACAAUAAUCUCACUAUUUCGAAUUGUGAUCGUAAGUUUGAGAGUGAUCUCACUAUUGAAAAUUAUGUUAGCGAUUGGUGCGUAAAUUGUUAGUGGUGGAUUUACGUAGCAUUCAUUUAAACGAAUCUCAAUCUUGACAUUACGUUGUUUGUUUGUUCUUAAAUAUGGUAAAGUCGGGUCAUUAUUUCUUGCAUUGUAUAUUAAUAUUAUGUACUCAAAAUAGUGAUUGUAUUGUGUUUUUGACGCAGAUUGAAGUACGUGUGUCUAGUAUAAGAACUAAACAAUGUUAAGUUUUCAUUUGAAGGUGAGCUGAACUUUGGCAAUUAUCUUUGACGGUAAAUGAUUAAUUUAGCAUUUAAAAGAUGUUGAAUAAUAAUAAAUCGCG